AUGGACGUGAUCUACGAGUACUACCUGGUCGACCAGACCAACCGGGUGGAGUACCGUCUCGCGCCUGGCGAAGGCGGCGAAGAGAUGUACGCGCGCCAGGAGGAGUUGGCGCGAGUUUACGGGGAUCUGCGCGUCGCUCCUGAGGCGUUUCGUCACCUCCUCGUGCGCCAAGCUCUCCCGGCCUACGUGAGCCUGCCGGACCUUUUGCUUGGUCCUCACUCUGCGCCGUUGCCAGCGCCUAUGGGCAAUGUGGGAAAUGCCAUCGCAGCCCCCAUCGUCCCCGUCGCCCCAGUGGCCCCAGUGGCCCCAAUGGCCGUUGCUCAUGGCCCAGUAGCCGCCCAUCCCGCCCCGGUGGUCGCCCCUCGCGCCGUCGCAGCGCAGGAGAACCCCACUCCUGCAGCUAACGCAGAGCCACGAGAGAGCCCCUGCGGAGAUGGCGCACUGGGCAAGACCGACGGUGAGAGGAACGACCACAGGGUCCAGGAGGGCAGGGCGCGCCGUGGCCGCCCACGGGGCAGCAAGACGAAGCGCACAGAGCCUUACCCAACCAAUGGGGGCUCUGGUACCCAGAACUCACCUGUCCACGUUUGA